AGAGGGCGCUGAAAGCACUUAGAGAACUUCCUGUGUACGAAAAACGUUUUCGCAAACGGACCAAAUAACCGAAAGUGGAAGAUAAAGCACAUGGAAGUAAAUAGAUAACGGCAACUAAGAUAAUCAACGAUUUGAGAGACAGGAAACAUUGUUUCCAAUACCUCUUUUGAGAGAAUUGCUUGACAAGCCAGAGAAUGGCACCCAACAAUCCGUUACCAAUAUGGGGCAAUGAGAAGACCAUGAACAUGAACCCACUGAUAUUGACAAAUAUACAGUCGUCUCCCUACUUCAAAGUUAACUUGUAUGAACUGAAGACAUAUCAUGAGGUUAUUGAUGAAAUCUUCUACAGGGUGGAACAUUUAGAGCCUUGGGAAAGAGGCAGCAGGAAGACAGCUGGACAGACUGGCAUGUGUGGAGGGGUACGAGGUGUGGGGGCUGGAGGGAUAGUGUCCAGUGCCUACUGUCUGCUGUACAAACUGUUUACACUGAGGCUGACACGUAAGCAGUUAACUGGACUGAUCACACACCAGGACUCUCCCUACAUACGUGGCCUGGGAUUCAUGUAUAUCAGGUACACACAGGACCCUAAGGAACUAUGGGAUUGGUAUGAACCUUACCUGGAAGAUGAGGAGGAGAUAGAUGUUAAGGCAGGGGGAGGGCAUGUGAUGCCUAUCGGUGAAAUGAUUCGUCAGUGGAUGACCAAGCUGGAGUGGUACUCCACAUUGUUUCCCCGCAUUCCUGUACCCGUGCAAAAAGAUGUGAUGCAGAAGCUGAAGAACCACAAGUGGUCCCGCCCUGAGGAGGAGGAGGAGGAGGAGCCGCAGAUAGCCACAACCACUCAACCACAACAUAUACCUGAUGAGGAGCUAAGCUUUGGGGAGGCUGAGAGGAUGUCGCACAAACGCAGGUCACCUGAAAGAGGCACAUCAUCUCCACAACAUUCACGGCGAUCUCCACGGCGGUCUCCUGUCCGUCGCUCACCACAUCGACGGUCUCCUGAUCGGCGCCGGUCACCACACCACAAGUCGUCACCUGAUCAUCGCAGACAUUCACCAGAUCAUCACCGAUCCAAGGGAAGACGACCUUCACCUUCAAGGAGACCUGCACAAUCAAGUGGUGGUGAUUUUGCACGUGACUUACAAAGAGAGCGUGAGAGGCAAAACCGGACAAAGGGCAAAGAAAGCCAGCCGAGGAGCCGCGAACGCAAACGCUCACACAGCAGGGAACGACAUUUUAAAAAGAGUUCAAAACACUCCCACAGAGAUAGGAGAUCAAGGUCACGUAGCAGGGAACGACAUAGAGACAGACAUGGGCGAGAAAAGCAUAGAAAUGGUGACCUUUGACCUUUAUAAUAUAUUUUAGACAUUUCCAUAUCUUUAUUUCAGACAUUUUCCAUUGCAGUCAGAUCAUCAGUUUAUAACUAUCCAAAACUGUCAUAAUUGAUACCAUAAUGACAACUGUAGAGUGUGAUCUAGGUUGUCAUUAUUAUGGUACAGGUUUGGGGUAUAUUCAAGUCUUGUAUACUACAUUGACAACUGUCGAGUGUGAUCUAGGUUGUCAUUAUUGUACAGGUUUGGGGUAUAUUCAAGUCUUGUAUACUACAUUGACAACUGUAGAGUGUGAUCUAGGUUGUCAUUAUUGUACAGGUUUGGGGUAUCUUCAAGUCUUGUAUACUACAUUGACAACUGUAGAGUGUGAUCUAGGUUGUCAUUAUUGUACAGGUUUGGGGUAUCUUCAAGUCUUGUAUACUACAUUGACAACUGUAGAGUGUGAUCUAGGUUGUCAUUAUUGUACAGGUUUGGGGUAUCUUCAAGUCUUGUAUACUACAUUGACAACUGUAGAGUGUGAUCUAGGUUGUCAUUAUUGUACAGGUUUGGGGUAUCUUCAAGUCUUGUAUACUACAUUGACAACUGUAGAGUGUGAUCUAGGUUGUCAUUAUUGUACAGGUUUGGGGUAUCUUCAAGUCUUGUAUACUACAUUGACAACUGUAGAGUGUGAUCUAGGUUGUCAUUAUUGUACAGGUUUGGGGUAUCUUCAAGUCUUGUAUACUACAUUGACAACUGUAGAGUGUGAUCUAGGUUGUCAUUAUUGUACAGGUUUGGGGUAUCUUCAAGUCUUGUAUACUACAUUGACAACUGUAGAGUGUGAUCUAGGUUGUCAUUAUUGUACAGGUUUGGGGUAUCUUCAAGUCUUGUAUACUACAUUGACAACUGUAGAGUGUGAUCUAGGUUGUCAUUAUUGUACAGGUUUGGGGUAUCUUCAAGUCUUGUAUACUACAUUGACAACUGUAGAGUGUGAUCUAGGUUGUCAUUAUUGUACAGGUUUGGGGUAUCUUCAAGUCUUGUAUACUACAUUGACAACUGUAGAGUGUGAUCUAGGUUGUCAUUAUUGUACAGGUUUGGGGUAUCUUCAAGUCUUGUAUACUACAUUGACAACUGUAGAGUGUGAUCUAGGUUGUCAUUAUUGUACAGGUUUGGGGUAUCUUCAAGUCUUGUAUACUACAUUGACAACUGUAGAGUGUGAUCUAGGUUGUCAUUAUUGUACAGGUUUGGGGUAUCUUCAAGUCUUGUAUACUACAUUGACAACUGUAGAGUGUGAUCUAGGUUGUCAUUAUUGUACAGGUUUGGGGUAUCUUCAAGUCUUGUAUACUACAUUGACAACUGUAGAGUGUGAUCUAGGUUGUCAUUAUUGUACAGGUUUGGGGUAUCUUCAAGUCUUGUAUACUACAUUGACAACUGUAGAGUGUGAUCUAGGUUGUCAUUAUUGUACAGGUUUGGGGUAUCUUCAAGUCUUGUAUACUACAUUGACAACUGUAGAGUGUGAUCUAGGUUGUCAUUAUUGUACAGGUUUGGGGUAUCUUCAAGUCUUGUAUACUACAUUGACAACUGUAGAGUGUGAUCUAGGUUGUCAUUAUUGUACAGGUUUGGGGUAUCUUCAAGUCUUGUAUACUACAUUGACAACUGUAGAGUGUGAUCUAGGUUGUCAUUAUUGUACAGGUUUGGGGUAUCUUCAAGUCUUGUAUACUACAUUGACAACUGUAGAGUGUGAUCUAGGUUGUCAUUAUUGUACAGGUUUGGGGUAUCUUCAAGUCUUGUAUACUACAUUGACAACUGUAGAGUGUGAUCUAGGUUGUCAUUAUUGUACAGGUUUGGGGUAUCUUCAAGUCUUGUAUACUACAUUGACAACUGUAGAGUGUGAUCUAGGUUGUCAUUAUUGUACAGGUUUGGGGUAUCUUCAAGUCUUGUAAACUACAUUGACAACUGUAGAGUGUGAUCUAGGUUGUCAUUAUUGUACAGAUUUGGGGUAUCUUCAAGUCUUGUAUACUACAUUGACAACUGUAUAGUGUGAUCUAGGUUGUCAUUAUUGUACAGGUUUGGGGUAUAUUCAAGUCUUGUAAACUACAUUGACAACUGUCGAGUGUGAUCUAGGUUGUCAUUAUUAUGGUACAGGUUUGGGGUAUCUUCAAGUCUUGUAAACUACAUUGACAACUGUCGAGUGUGAUCUAGGUUGUCAUUAUUAUUGUACAGGUUUGGGAUUUCUCCAGACUGAGGUGUUAGCUUGUUAUCACGAGGAUCCCUUGCUGACCUGGCAGUUAGUUCUGGUCAGUUACUACAUUUGUGAGGUUUUUGUUUUACAGGGUUUAGGUAUCUUCAAGUUUUUGCCAUUGUACUACCUUUCAAAUGAGUUUCUUCCUUUUUUCCAAUUUCAAACAGUAAGAAAAUACCUUAAACUGUUUUGGUCCCCUACCCUUACUGCUGGAGGGCACUGUAGGUUUGCAUUCUGUCCAUCAGUGCUUUGUCUAGGGCAUCUUUUAUAUACCAUAACAAUUGCAAACCUUUGCAGGAAAGAAUCUCUAAGUAUCAUGGCAAAUUGUCGUACUGAAAUCGGGUCUUGUGAAAUUGUCGUACUGAAAUCGGGUCUUGUGCCCCAGUAGAUACAGAGUUGUGGCCCUUUAUGCAUCUCUUUAUUUUGACAUCUAUAAUUCUUCAGGUUUAUUGUUAAGAGUAUAUUUAUAUCAGUAAUUUGAAGGCACUAAACACUCUUGAGUAUUGUAAAAGACACGCUUCUGUUGACCUGGAAGCUCAAUCGGUAGAGCUAUAGAAUAACAAUGUGAAGUCCAGGGUUCAAGCUUCAGCUAGCCCCAAUAACAAUGUGAAGUCCAGGGUUCAAGGUUCAGCUAGCCCCAAUAACAAUGUGAAGUCCAGGAUUCAAGUUACAGCUAGCCCCAAUAACAAUGUGAAGUCCAGGAUUCAAGUUACAGCUAGCCCCAAUAACAAUGUGAAGUCCAGGGUUCAAGGUUCAGCUAGCCCCAAUAACAAUGUGAAGUCCAGGGUUCAAGUUUCAGCUAGCCCCAAUAACAAUGUGAAGUCCAGGGUUCAAGCUUCAGCUAGCCCCAAUAACAAUGUGAAGUCCAGGGUUCAAGGUUCAGCUAGCCCCAAUAACAAUGUGAAGUCCAGGGUUCAAGUUUCAGCUAGCCCCAAUAACAAUGUGAAGUCCAGGGUUCAAGCUUCAGCUAGCCCCAAUAACAAUGUGAAGUCCAGGGUUCAAGGUUCAGCUAGCCCCAAUAACAAUGUGAAGUCCAGGGUUCAAGUUUCAGCUAGCCCCAAUAACAAUGUGAAGUCCAGGGUUCAAGCUUCAGCUAGCCCCAAUAACAAUGUGAAGUCCAGGGUUCAAGGUUCAGCUAGCCCCAAUAACAAUGUGAAGUCCAGGGUUCAAGUUUCAGCUAGCCCCAAUAACAAUGUGAAGUCCAGGGUUCAAGCUUCAGCUAGCCCCAAUAACAAUGUGAAGUCCAGGGUUCAAGGUUCAGCUAGCCCCAAUAACAAUGUGAAGUCCAGGGUUCAAGUUUCAGCUAGCCCCAAUAACAAUGUGAAGUCCAGGGUUCAAGCUUCAGCUAGCCCCAAUAACAAUGUGAAGUCCAGGGUUCAAGGUUCAGCUAGCCCCAAUAACAAUGUGAAGUCCAGGGUUCAAGCUUCAGCUAGCCCCAAUAACAAUGUGAAGUCCAGGGUUCAAGGUUCAGCUAGCCCCAAUAACAAUGUGAAGUCCAGGGUUCAAGCUUCAGCUAGCCCCAAUAACAAUGUGAAGUCCAGGGUUCAAGUCCCUGUCUAGCCCAACGGAAGUUUUACACCAAGAACACUGUUGUUGAUUAUACUUUGUUCAUUUCAUCUUUAUUAUUUCCCAUAAAAGUCCCACAAGGAAUGGUUUUCUUGUCAGAAAUAAUUUAUCAAAGCUAUAAUCAUUCCAAUUUCCAGAAAACAGUUUCCAAUAGUCAUUAAGCAUUUUUUGUCGUGGUAUGUGGGGAUGAUUUUAGCAGGCAUUAAGCAGAGAAUAUGAUGUUUAACACAGUUGUUCACAACAAUUGAGAGCAGUGUUGUAAUGUACAGGUAAUACAGAUUACUUUGUGUAUUAUUUGUUUGAUUUUUUUUAUCAUUUUUGGAUAUAAAUGAAAGUACAAUGGCAUAAACAAGGAAACACAGUUACAAAAUUAACACUACACCAACAUAAAAUCUGUAUGUGAUAUGUUCUCUUGGGGGGAAAGAAAAGCAGGUCAUUAUUUGAUAAAAACUUGGGGAGCACAAGUGCUGCCUCUUAUCCCUGGAGUAGGUAAUACAUCUACCCUGCCAGACUUCUGUCAUGUUAAACGGUUAACUGUUUUAAAAAUAUAUUUUUAAAGAUAUUGAAUUAUCGGAGAUUGCCAGCAAAUCUACCUGAUUAACCAGGGACUUCUAUAAAACAAGGAGGUCAUUAAUGGUUUAGUACAUGCUUUGUGUUCAGCAGAUUGUCGCCUACAAAGCAGCUGAUGACUUUAAAGAGUCAAGAGAUCACCCGGUCGUAGGUGUCUGUCCACAUUAAGGGUUUCUGGGCAUUAACUCUUGAAGGACUACUUCGAUUUUCAUGAAAUUUUUCACACAUAAAUAUAGUAUCAAUUACCCUCUUCAAUUUAUGUAAUACCUAAAUUUGAAAAUCAACAUGGUCACACGCUGCCUUCUUGAAUUGUAUAGAGCAUCAAAUGGUUUCCAUGCAAUAACAUCAGGAGGAAUUUUAUGAUUUUAUAAAACACUACACAAACCUAAGCCAGGUAUCAAUGACCUACUCGGCUUUGAUUUGGGUAUAUUAUGAGUUUGAUUCAACGUUUAGAAUGAAUGCUAGUGACUAUUGUAGUUCAUACAGAUAUGAUUACAGUCUACAUCUUUUGGAGAAAAUUUCAGAUUCUGAUGAAACUUGCAUAGAGAACUUAUCACACCAAAGUCCCCUAAAUCACGUAUGAUGUUCUGCCUAACUAAGCAUAUUUAAGCAGAUUGCAACAAUCUGAUUGGCUGAUGGAUUCAGGAUGGUAACUUAUGAAAGAAUUACAGAUUUUCAUGAAAAAUGCCUUGUAAGUUAUAUACUUUCUACCAAAGUUGGUCCUCACUCAAGUUUAAUGCCCCACUAUCUUUGUGGAUAUUUAAUUGGACUUCUGUGAUGUCAAGAUGGUGUUUUUUGAAGUAUUUACCAGAUCGUGAUUAAACAUGCCUAGUGUAUACUUACAACCGAAGUCUCCAACUUUUGCUCGAUACCAGGCCAAGUUCUUAAAUAAUUGAUAUGAGGCUGCUGCAGUCUGAUCAUUGAUAUAUAAUGCAAUCAGGUAAUAUAGUAUGUGAGCUGUUUAUAUAUUCCUAUAUUUCAGCUGCAAUUUCAGUUGUUGACAUUUGUCCAAAUGUCUGAAAAAAAUGUUUGUGUUGAUGGAAAGCCAGUUUCUUCCGCCCAAAAUGUUUGAAACAAACCCGUGAAUAUGUUUAUUUCCUAGUAUAUAUAGUGUGUCUCACUACACUUCAGCCGAUGGUUCACCUCCAUAUCAUGACAUUCUUGUCAAAAUAAUGCUUCAUAGAGUAAAUAAAAGAUGUUCCAUGUUUCUGUAAAACUGGAGUGAAUACUUUGAUAUUGACAACGUAAAGUGAUACUUUUUAGUUUUUGGGAGAGAGAAAAUUAGUGUUUUGGGGAGGAGGAGGGGGGUGCGGGAAGACAUACAAUUUUCAGUAAUUAAGUGUUGGACAUGUUCUCUAUUUCCCAACAAAUGCUUAUUUUGUGUAUUAUAAUUUUUAUGUCAAAUAAACUUACACGAAAAACAAAGCAUGUGCUGAGAAGUGAUUGUCUCCCUAUCCCUCAGCUUCCUAAAUCCUUGUUAUGUCUGGUGACUAUUAUGAUGUGGUAACUUGUGUGUGGGUUUGGAUGGUGAAUGUGUAUGUUAUACGUGGUCAUUAUCUCAUAUUAUAUCAGGUAUUUGUUAAUUUAGACUUGAAUGAGAGAUCAUUGACAACUGCUUACAUGUCAAAAUUAAACUUGGUCAGUUGUAAAUACAUUUGCAUUGAUUUCAACAGUUUUGCUUGAUUUUAUUUGUUUAUGGUAAACACUCCAGUUUGCUGAAAAUGAAAUUGACAGAUGUCUUGUCUAUUGAGCAGUCCUAUUGUUUCCUUUUAAUUAGUAUACAUAUUUAUAAUCAGAUAAUCUGAUCACAAGUUAAAAUCUGGAUUUUUUUUAGGUCACCUGAGCUUUAGCUGAAAUACUGUCAAAGGGAUUUCAUUGAUACUUGAUGGGAAUGUUACUGACAACUCCCUGACCAAAUGCUGAUUUUAAAAACGGCAGCCGUUUUGAAAAACUUUCCAACUUACAGUCAAGUUCUUCUGGGCUGAUUGAACUGAAACUUGGUAGGAAUGAUUGACUCAUAGUCCUGACAAAUUGUUGUUAUUUUCGGGUCAAUCAGAAAUCCAAUAUGGCCGCCAGGGCCGGCCAUUUUGAAAAACUAUUUUAAACUUAAAAGUCAUGUUCUACUGGGCCCAUUUAAUUAAAACUGGGGAGGAAUGAUCAACUCAUGGUCCUGGCAAACUUAACUUCAAGUUGUACAUUACCUUUUUUUACUCAAAUUUUGAUAGGGAUGAUUGACAUCAUUAUCUCCACUUCAUAUUUCAACAACAAAAAUGAAUACUGUAGGACUCGGGUGACCGUUAAGGCCCAUGGGCCUCUUGGUUUUUUGUGUGUGAAUUUACUUGAUUAGUUAAUGAGGUGUUUUAUAUCAGAACACAGAGUUUGUGAGUUGUUUGAUACCAUCAGAAUACAACUGGUAUAUAAUGGCACAGAUAUUGGGUAAUAUUAUGUCAUUUAUCAGGAAUUAUGACUCCUUUAAGUAAAGCUUCAAACUUGGUAGAUACAUCUUAGAAAGACUGGAGUGUUGUGCAACAGAAAUGGGUCAUUUUUACCUUUUAUCUGAUUUCAAGAACUUGAUCGAAGAAUAUCUGCAAAUAGAACAGCUAAUACAUUCUGUCAGUGGCCGUCGGAUUGACAGUAAUCACAACACCAUGCAACAAAGAUAGCUGCCAUUGUUCACAAAUACUAGCUGUCUCAAGAACAGCUAAUACAUUCUGUCAGUGGCCGUCGGAUUGACAGUAAUGACGACACCAUGCAACAAAGAUAGCUGCCAUUGUUCACAAAUACUAGCUGUCUCAAGAACAGCUAAUACAUUCUGUCAGUGGCCGUCAGAUUGACAGUAAUGACGACACCCAAACUGGCUAGUGAUCAGAUGACUUCAGAUUGACUGUACUGAUGACCUCUGACGGACAGAAGUGAUGACUCAUGAUCUCAGUCUGGCAGAAAUGAUGACCUCUGACUGACAGUAGUGAUGACCUCUGACCUCUGUUGAGAAUUUCUGACCUCAGAAUGGCAAUGGUGUUAACCUCAGACUUACAGUAGUGAUGACCUCUGACACCCGGCUGACAGUAGUGAUGACCUCUGACUGACAGUAGUGAUGACCUCUGACCCCAGAAAUUAAGUGAGUGUUUCAUACUUGAAUACCAGUAUGUGUAAGUGUUGUGAUGAUGAUGAGUAUGAAGUAAGUAUGUUUGUAUGUGAAUCAGUUUUUAUUUGUGUAUGAUUUAGUUUUGAACAAGUGUGAGGAAGAAUGUUUACAUAAAAGUCACUGUAAACACCAAAUAAUUAGCAGAGGUUGUACAUUGGUAGCAUAUAUGGCUAUGAGAUAUUACUGAAAGGGACAGUGACAAGCUAACACAUUGUAUUGAUGUUGGUAAUACCAUAAUGUCCAAAUGUAAAGUGUUCAUUGUAUAGCUCACUUUGAAUUAAAGUAUCAUCAUGUUUUA